UCCCUUUUCACAACGUGUUUCUAGAGCACUUAGACCAGACGCGUCAACAUGAAGGCAACUCUAGCUUUGUUGUUCCUUGCAGCACUUGCCGUCUUUGUUCAAGCAGAAUGGGCGUCGGAAUUUCAUCCCCAUGCCAUGUUGGAGUACGCCAGAGGAGAAGAACAUGAAAUGAAGAGGCAGCUUUUCCAUUUGGUGAAGAUGGACAAUGGUUUUGAGACAAGCUUCAAGCGAGAGUUUAAGCCAAGCUUUGAGCCAAGCUUUGAGCCAAGCUUUAAGCCAAGCUUUAGCCCAGGCGUGAUAAAGUGUGCAAUUCAGUUCACGAGAUGUAAGAAAAGAGCAGCUAAUUCCUGUGAUGUGCUGGGAUGUAUCAAGAAAUUUGGAAUUUGUUUGGCAGGUCAAAACGUCCAACUACCAAAGCCAGUGGAAGAGUCAGUGAAAGAAUGUCUUCCGCUGAUCCCGUAUUGUAUAAAGCUCAGCGGCGAAUCUUGCGAUGAAAAGCUUUGCUGUUUUGUGCGGUUUAAAGAAUGCAUGUACAACUACCAUACUGGAAAAGCUUAAGGGAAAAGGCUGGAGUAAGGAUGAAAGACCCCUUGUCACGGAAACCGGAAAAAUGUAACAGAGCCUGCAAAUUAAUAGUAGUUUUAUAUCGAUAUCAUGUUGCCAUAAAGUAGCAAGUGUAACAUUAAAAAAGCCUGAUUGUCAUAAAAAUGA